AUGCCAGUCGUUGGUCAACAGUAUGGAAAUGGCUUUCGGCCAUAUAGCUCCUUUCGUGUGCCGCGCGGCAGUUGUAGCUACGGCAACAACAGCAGCAGCAAUAACAACCCCAGCAGCAACAUGAGCAACAGUAUCCAAAUGGGAGCAGCGGCUGCCCAACCCCUGAGCACCAAUGGAGCCAACAGAUCGAUGGUGAAAUCAGUCACUGGAAGAAACAACAACACGGUAGCUGGAUCAUCGUCCACAUCUACAGCCUCGUCCACUUCCUCGAUCCAUCAGCAGGGUGUGACUGGUGGUAACUUUGUACGCCAGCAGCCCUGGAGGAGCAGUUAUUGCAGUAGCAACCGCCAGAAGUUGCAGCCAGAAAUGCAUUCCCACCAGCAGCAAGUGCAGCAGAGAUUAGUAAGUGGUGGCAGCGUGAAACCACUUACACCAAAGUUGAUCCGGCGCAUUGAAAGCACCUGCUCCACCUCGGCUCCCACACGCCAUUGCAAGGCGAGGGCACCACAACCACCCACUCAGGCUACGCGCCCGGUAACCACGCCCAGCACUGCCAGGAAACAGUAUCAGUCAGCAGCAUCAGUAUCAGUAUCUCAGCAACCGAUGGGAACCCCCACCAGCCAGAAGCGCACUCAUCAGGCGGGACGAAUGGCCGCCAAGGAGAAUUGUCCAGCCCAAUUGGGACAGCGAUCCAGCAAAAACUAUCCGGCGCCACAGCCACCGCUGCCAGCGCGUAGGCAGGUGGCAACCAAUGAUCUCACCAACGGAGGAGGAGCCGGAAAGGCCACUCCUCUCGCCCAGCGCCGCCAGCUGCCGGCCACGCCCAAGUUGAGCCUCAAGCAGCGCAGCAACGGGUGCACCCACAAUGGAGAGGGAGCUGGCUCCUCUACGGGAUCCAGUGACUCCCACGACUCUCCGCGCCUCAAGAAGGCCUUUUCGAAUAAGUUCCCUCAAGGAUUGCCCUUCGAGGAUGAGUUUUACGGACGCAAUCGCUCCUAUUCGCAGUCGUCCAGCAACUAUAGUUUCUACAGUUCUGUGGGUGCGCCCACCACUCCUCACGAUGAUGAUGAUGAUAGAGAUCUAGAUGACAAAGUGCACCGUGUCCGCUGUGAUGACGAUGAUGAGUUCCAGCGCAAACCAUCUACAGAUGAGUCGCUUUAUGUGGACUUCUCGAAACUGGUGCAGACCCACCAGCAGCGGCAAUAUGUGCCCGCUAGCUCCUGGAUUAGGGCUUCUCCGGAUGAGUGCGAACUCCGUAGCAAGCCAACUAGUCAGUUAACACCUGCCCAGCAGCGGAGGAAGAACAGCAAGUAUGCGCGAUCGAUGCAUGAAUAUCUGUACAGCGAUGAGCCUGGACAGGCAAGGACUAAGCAUAGGUUAUCCGUGGUGGAUGAGCCGGAAGAUGGAUACUACAGCUAUGCGGCAGGAACACCGGAUCCGUUGCCAUCGCCGCCGCCCACGCCCCGGACGGACAUCUAUGUGGCCGCUGCAUCGUGGGCUCCCAAGCCGCUCUAUCCCGACCGCGUGCUUUUGCCACCAGCGGAUGGUAACAACAAUCACCAGAAGCAACAGCCGCGUCGACGAUCGGAGCACUUGGGGUCCACGACGUGUGAGUAUAUGUGA